AUGGAGCAUUGUAAUGAUGCCAUUACACCAACUAAACAAAGGUUACAACUGUCCGAGAAUGAAGAGGAGCAGAACGUACACCUAACUCAAUAUAUAAGGUUGAUUGGAGCGAUAUGUUACUUAUGCAAUACGCGGCCAAAUUUGGCGUUUAAUGUCGCUAUUGCGAGUAAAUUCAUGGAGAGACCGAAGGUGUCUCACUUGGCAGCAGUCAAAAGAAUCCUAAGAUACAUCAAACGGUCUAUUGGUUGUGAAAUUGUCUUUCCCACAAUGGAUAGAAGCAGAAAAUGCAAUUUGCUUGAUUUUACCAAUUCCAACUGGUGUGAAGAUAAAUAUGAUCGAAAGUCUACAACUGAGCACAUCUUUAUGUUCGAUGGAACACAAAUCUCAUGGUGUUUGAAGAAGGAACCGGUAGUUGCACUCUCGUCUUGUGAGACCGAGUAUAUUACUGCUUCGUUAUGUGCGUGCCAAGCCGCGUGGCUAACGAAUCUAUUGAAAGAGUUGGGCAACAAUGAGGGUGAGGCUGUCACACUCUUGGUUGAUAAUGUUCCAACUAUUAAUCUUGCUAAGAACCCAAUUGCACAUGGGAGGAGCAAUCACAUUUAG